AAAACUAGAGAACGUGCCAAAGUGUAUUUAUUUUUGAACGUGCACUUUUUGUUUAUAUUUUAUUCAAAACAAAAUUAUUUAUUAAAAAUAAAAUUAAGCAAAAAAUGUCUAUAGAUUAUGGUAAUUUAUGUUCAGUGAUAUUGAAACAAUGUUUUGGUGAAACAGUGCAAAUAGUGGGUGACUGUUUAUUUGGUGCAAAUGCCAGGACACUGAGUAACUUGGUGAAAACUUCCAAUUUAACUAGAAGAGAAGUAUCUACAGCAUUGGGUAUUUUGAUAAAGUAUCAGUUAAUAAAAUUCCAACCCAGUGAAUCAAAUCCCUUUGUGGCCGAAUAUUCUUUGAAACGUGAUGAAAUUUUGUAUAUCCUCAGAUACUCCAGAUAUGUUCAUCUAAUACAAACAAAAUAUGGUUCCGUUGGAGCUGCUAUCGCUGAAGAACUGCUACAUAGUGGAUCUCAAACCGCCUCUAAUGUCAUUUUGAAAUGUGUUUCCAACAAUGAGAUCAAUGAAAAAUUAGAAACCAUACGUGAUACAUUUGUUACGAUGAUUAAGGACAACUAUUUGAUAAAACUGCCAAUGCUAGUGCCGUCCGAAGGUGAACCCGACCCGGUGCCAAAGUUUAAUAUUGAACCUUAUGAUUUAUUCUUUCCACCGGAUAUCGAUAUACCAACAUUAUUGAAAAUACAGUCCGGUACUAUACCGGCAACUCAAGCAAAAGAUGCACAUUUUUAUUGGCAAAUAAAUUUUAGCCGUUUUCAUCAAGACUUUCGUGAUGCCAUCAUGAUAGGUGCCAUUGAACGAAAACUGGGAGCUAGUGCAGCUGAAUGUUUCCGAUACAUAUUAAAACAAAUGUAUGAAAGAACAGAUCCUUGGCAAAGACAAUAUUCGAAUCCUUUUACUGUUGUUGAAGUCAAACAAUAUGCUGAGAAAAAUUCCAGCAAUUUGGAUUUAGUUCGACAUUUGGAGCAAUAUGUGGCAUCUAUAGCUGACGACUCCCUUGGUUUCAUACGUAAAAUAGGUGAAAUGGGUGGUGGCCAAUAUGUGGUCGAUAUGUCAUUGGCAUUUGAGAACUUAGCUUUAGCAUGUAUUGAAAAUGUUAUAACCGAAAGGUUUGGUUCAAAGGCUUCACGAAUAUUUCGUGUAGUUCGAGUGAAAAAAUAUAUAGAACAAGAAGAUUUGCAAAAAGAAGCCAUGAUACCAGCCAAGGAAGCAAAAUUACUUUCAUAUAAUCUAUUUCAAGAACAAUUUUUGCAAAUCAAAACUAUACGUAAAGCAGGAGGUGGUGGUAGUGGUCCGGCUAAGGCGUUUUAUUUAUUUUAUUUAAAACAUAAACAGAUUAGCAAAAUGUUAUUGGAUAUUUGUUAUAAGGCUUUGUAUAAUGACAUAACACGUUCAAAUUAUGAGAAAAAUGAGCAUAAACGUUUAAUAGAAAAAUCUCAAAAAUUAGACAGUAUUGUGGCAACUAUGAAAGAAAGAGGAGAAUCGGAGGAAUAUAUAGCAGAGAUACUUGAAACUUUAACACCACCAGAACGUGAAAUACUUGAUAAAGUUAAGACUCGUAUAAAAACUUUAUCGAAAGCUGAACUAACAUUAGACGAUACUAUAUUCUUAUUACAAAUGUAUCUCUAUCACUCCUCACAAUUGCCUACUUUAGCAAAUGCUAAAAACGAAAUUUGUCCACAUUCGCACCAUACGAUUUUUGACUAGGACUUCCAUAGAUUUUGGAUCUAAACUUAAAUUAAAGAAACCAAAUUUGAAUAAAUAACCCAUUUCAUCACCGUGACAUACACCCGGUCGUUG